AUGUCAGAAGAGACGGCUUCAUCUGUUGUUAUUGGGAUCAUUGGUGGCUCAGGCCUCUAUCAUAUGGAUCAACUCACAUUCGUGCGAGAGGUCAACCCGAUGACUCCCUGGGGACACCCAUCGUCUCCAAUCACAAUUUCACAGCUUCCAACCGGAGAGCAGAUUGCAUUCAUUGCUCGUCAUGGCAAACACCAUACUCAUUCGCCAAGCGCUGUUCCAUAUGCCGCCAAUAUCGCAGCGCUCAAGCAUCUGGGAGUCAAGGCUAUCCUCGCAUUCUCUGCUGUUGGCUCUCUCAGAGAAGAAAUCCGACCGGGAGACUUUGUGAUUCCAGAUCAGAUCAUCGACCGGACCAAAGGCAUUCGUCAAGCUAGUUUCUUUGAGGGAACUAAUAUCGUUGCCCAUGCGACAUUCGGGGAUCCAUUUUCCAAGACAUUUUCAGCAUUCCUCGUCCCUCUUGUUCAGAACGUUCUCAAAGAGUCUGAGGGUGUGCAACUUCAUACCGGCAAAUGCGUCGUAGUAAUGGAGGGUAGCUUGUUCAGCACUCGAGCCGAGAGUAAAAUGUAUCGGAUUCUAGGUGGAGAUAUCAUCAAUAUGAGCACUCUCCCCGAAGCGAAGCUCGCUCGAGAAGCGGAGAUUAGCUACGCGCUGAUUGCAACUGCUACAGAUUACGACGCAUGGCGAGAAAGUGAAGAGGUCGUCACAGUAUCAGAGGUUCUCAAGACGUUACACACCAAUGCAGAAACUUCGCGGCAAGUCCUAUGUUAUCCCUCUGGUCUCGGUGUUAACAUGCCAAAUAGCAAAGUGGCCCAGGCCGUUAUCGCCGAGCUUCACGCAGCCAUUACUUCAAAUCAACUUACAUCAGAGAUUGAAGGGAGCAUGGAAUACUCGAUUGUCACGCAGCCUGCACACCAGACGGCCAGCGACCGCGAGAAACUGCGCUACAUCCUCCCUUACUUUUCGUAG